AUGAUAGAAGAUUUAGAGUCAGACCAUCCACAAGAAAAUCCAACCAAUGAUGACAAUGAGAGAAGUCAAAACAAUGAAGAUAUGUCCAGUGAGUGUGCUUUAGAAUAUCUACAGUAAUAACUACAAACAUUCAAAAUGUAGUUUUAGUAAUGUGAAAAAAUAGUCAUAUCUAUAAUAAUUAAAUUAUCUAUAAUCACUAAAAAGAAUAGAAUAUUUAGAAAUGUAAUUUAGCAAUGUAAAAAUUUAUUCACUAAUUUAUUUACUCAAUUUCUUGUUUUCUCCAGACAAAUCUUCUGAGUCAGACCAUCCACAUGAAGAUCCAACCAACGACCGGGAGCCAAGCCAAAGUAGUGAAAAUAUAUCUGGCAGUGAGUGUGCUUUAGAAUAUCUAGUAACUAAAAACAUUCAAAAUGUAUUUAGCAACUAAACCAUUUGUUUUUGGACUGGUCAGGGGCAUCGCUAUAGGGGGUGUGGGGGGUAACACACCCCAAUAAUUCAAACGUUGGUCAAAGUUGGUCAAAAUGGAACUGAUAUUUGCCCAAAGUUGGUCAAAAUGGAACUGAUAUUUGUUUAAAAUUGAAGGUAAAACUAGGAAAAAUUUCGGAUAAAAGAUGGUCGAAGUUGCUCAAAGUCAUGAAAUGGUUCGCAGUUUUAACAAUUAUAAAGUUUUUGUUAUGUUUGCGAUGAAAAAUUUAUAUUUGAAAAAAUUAUUAUUUGUAAUAAUUAUUUGUAAUGUCCCGAUACCUUAUAUUUUUUGUCCUCUCUAGAUGAUCUUAGUUUAUUGGUUAAUAUGAUAGAAGAUUUAGAGUCAGACCAUCCACACGAAAAUCUAACCAAUGAUGACAAUGAGAGAAGUCAAAACAAUGAAGAUAUGUCCAGUGAGUGUACUUUAGAAUAUCUACAGUAAUAACUAAAAGCAUUCAAAAUGAUUAUCAGAUCGAGUAUAUAUUAAACCUUUACAUACAAUUUAAUAAAAUUUGCUUCAUUCCACAAAGCAUAAAGCGACAAUACAUGUAAAGUUGACCACCAAGCGUUUUCCUAUGCAUAAGGCUAAGUGAAAUAAUUUAUUUUGUGACAUUCACCUAAUUUAAUUUAUUUUGAUUUGUUGUCUUUUACAACAGAAGAUGACCCAGCUGCAACUCCCCCUGAUGAACAACAUGAAGGCAUGCUGCACGAAUCUUCAAUUGAAGAACCACAUGUGAGAGAUGUCGAACCAACACACCAUGAUGUUACGUACACUGUGGUAGAUGGAGCUACAAAACGUGGAAAAUCAAGGUUAAUCGACAGUCAAGGGUACACAUAUAAUGUGAAGAGAAGACGUGUCAAUGCGACGGAUUGGCAGUGCUCAGUCCGCCCAAAAGGUAACCCAUGCAGAGCUACAGUAAAACAAAAUAACAAUGACAUUUUUGAGCGCAACACCUGUAGUCAUAACCAUCCUGGAGAACCUGGAGCCAUAACUGCAGCAAAAAUAGCUGUGACUGUAAAACAAAAGGCAACAGAUGACCUGUUUAAACCCGCAUCUGCUAUUGUCGAUGAAGUUUUCCUUGAUGAAAUAGAUGACCGUCCGUGCCCUAGUUUGCCAAAACCAGCAAACCUAGCCAGAGCUGCAAACAGAUUGCGUCAGCGCCUGAGACCAGAUGACCCUGCUGAUUUGAAAUUUGUCCUGCAAAUGGAACACAUACCAGAUGGGUUUCUGCAAAAGGAUAUCUGUGUUCGGGAAAGGCGUCAUCUCUUAUUUGCGACUGAACAGCAUUUGAGCAUAUUAAACAAUGCAAAAACAUGGUACAUUGACGGAACAUUUAAACUAUGUCGGUAUCCCUUUACCCAACUUCUAACCAUCAACGCAUUUGUUCGAUCCGAUGACCAUAUGAAACAAGUGCCUCUUGUUUUUGUCUUGAUGUCUGGAAAGAAAAAGAAUGAUUAUGUUAAGGUAAUUAUAUUGCAAUAUAUAUUUAGCUAAAUCAACACAGUAUUUGAGAUAAUAAGUAAUCAACAUAGUUAUAGAUUACUUACAUAAUUCAGACGAUAUAUGGAUUAUAUACAGUGGGUGCCAAAAGUGUUAGUGCAGUACGAGACAAUUGCAGAUCUCUCAUGCAAAUGUUCAAUACGGUAUAGAUAGAGCAAACACAGAUUUUCGAGGUCUGCAACAAGCUGUUUUAUCUGUAAAGAUCAUCACCGCUAACUAAAGUUCAUUACUACUAAUGAACUACCAAUAAAGUCAUUAUUAUUAUUAUUAGGUCUUAAAGGAGAUAAUAGGUUUGCUUCCAAACCCUGCAGUCCAGAAAGUUGUCAUCGACUUUGAAAGUGCCAUUUGGGGAGCUUUGAGGAAAGUGCUUCCAACAGUGAAGAUAAUGGGCUGUGUCUUCCAUUGGACACAAGCCUUAUGGCGCAAGAUCCAAGCCCUCGGUCUACAGUCUGCUUAUACCUCUGACAAUGGUACAUUUAAGUUUUUACGAAGAGUGAUGGCCUUACCAUUUUUGCCCCAUGACCAGAUUUAUAAAAAAUAACAAUUUAGUAUUUAGGCAUGUGCGAGCGACAAUUAUCCAAUCAGAAUCCAAUAUUUUCAUUUUCCCGCGAAUACGUUUGUUUAGAUUACAUCAUUCAUGAUACAUACUAUGACAUCAUAACUGAGACCCAGGUCAUCGCGCGGAAUUCAAGAUGGCGUCAGGCAAAUGUGCAUUCCUCGAUUUAGCCGCUAGUGUCACACUAAUAUUUAUUGAGCCAAAUUGUCUAAAUUCGUAUAUAGGAACUACGCAUCUUUAGAGUCGCAUGUCGGGACUCUACUGCAAACCGCCAAAACCAUGAACAAAAUAUUCACGAUAUGAAACCGCAACCACAGUCCACAGGUAUUUUUUUAGGAAUACUUCACAAUUUAAGGACGAUUUAACUAAAAUCUGUAGUUGUCUGUUAAAAAGCAUUUUUCAAGCAUGUCCAUGCUGUAAAACGAUACGGAAAAUAAAUCAUUUUACUUAGUUUACCUUUUGUUGUUUUGGGGGCGAAACGACUUGGGGCGAAUCGACUUGGGGGCGAAACGACUUGGGGCGAAUCGACUUGGGGGCGAAACGACUUGUAUUCCUUUGGACACAUAGCGUUGCAACCUAUUCAUCAUUUGGUUUGCACUCAUGGAAUUUACCAUCUGCUUCAGUUCUUCCAUUGUCAUGUUUGCAUCAGCAGGAUGUUGACGCAAGUAAACAUUUGCUUGUGACAACAGCUGAUGCCGUUGUUUCAUAUUUAACGCCCAAUAAGGAAACCGUGGGUGAGAAGCAAACCUCCAUUCAAACUUACCAUCUGCAAGCCUCUCUGCAAACUUCAUUAAAUGUUUGAAAGCUUCAGUUAACGUUAUACCAUGUUGCCGUGACCUAUUUGUAGGGUCACCCUUCCCAUAAGGAAACAAUGUAGGAAAGGCCAUAGUAGCUAAACCAUCUGUUUUAAAUUCAUUAACGAAAUUACCUUCAGUAGAUGGCCAAUCUAAUGGAUCAACCUCAUUCACUGCAUCUUGGAUAGCUGCACCUUCUUUUCUCUGUCUUUGACGCAUAGGAAUAAACGAUGUACUGCCACUUCCUAAAACUAACUCUUCCACACUUGCAUUAGCACUCAUUACUGGGUCUUGGGGAGGCCCCUCAUUUUCAACAUGAACCGAAAGCUCAUUUUCAUCAAUGACAUACCUUAGCUCAUCGGGAAUACCGUUUUCUGGUAAACUUUGGAUGACAUCUCUAUCAAUUUCGAUAUCUUUAAAGAACGGAUUGUUUGUCUUUAACCAUAACACAGCCUCGAUCGAGAACUUUGUGUCGACGCACAGUGAAGUCUCGAUGUGUGUCUUCUGCACCAUGUCUUCGCACAAUCAAGACAGGCAAGUCUGCCACACGUGAAGGCAACCUAUUCAAGAAACUUUGAAUAUCUUGUGGUAAGUUAAGUACAUGUCCUUUAUACCCCCUCUGACCCCCGUGUUUUCUAUACACUCUCAUAAUGGGACACACCCUUGAAAUUAACAUUUCUUAUACCUGUGUGAAACCUCUCAAUUGUUCAGGAAUUGUUCCUGGGUCCAUGUCAUUCUCGGCACUGAAUUUCUUGGGUGAUUUCUUGUCUCUCUUGCACCGGUAACAAAUGUAUCCUUCUGAUGCUAAGUUCUGUCGUGUUGGCCAAGCUUCUUUACACAUUGUACAUUGUCGAUGCUCUAAAUGUUCUUGAUUUGAAUGAAAACUGUGCAUUUCAUUUUGUACAAACUCUAGCUCAUGCAGAGGGUUGUCAACAUUUUGCCAACCACCCUCAUGUAAAUAUUCAUUUCUACUCACCUCUGGCCCCUCUGCUUCAUGUACAGACUCACUAUCCUCGUCUGCUUUAGGAACAGAUACAGGUAUAUCUACAUUUGGAUCAACAGACAUACUCAACUGCUCAUUUGAUUCUUGGUCAUUUUCAUUUGAACUUGCUGUGUGAAAAACUGCUCGUAGUAUUUCAAGUAUUCUUGCUCGUUCAUCAACUGUUUCGGUUGCUUGGUGUUGCUUUCUGUUUUGUAGCCUGUUUGUUCGUUCUUCUUCAGUCUCAUUUUGCAUUUUAUCUAAAUCAUACACUCUCUUAUACUCUUUUCGCUUACCUUUAGCUUCUGUAGUCCUUUCUCGCCACGCUUCUCUUCGUUUUGCCAAGCGAGUUUCUCUUUCCUCUGCACUUUCUCCAGCCUGUUUCUCUCGCCUAUAAACUCUCUUAUAAUCAUUUUGUUUACCUUUCGCUUCAGCAGUCUUUUUUCCCCAUGCUUCUCUUUGUUUCGCCAAGCGGGUUUCUCUUUCCUCGGCACUUUCUGCAGCUUCUUUCUGUUGCCUAUCAACUCUUUUAUAUUCCCUUUGCGUACCUUUUGCUUCAGCAGUCUUUUUUUUCCACGCUUCUCUGCGUUUUCCCAGGCGAGCUUCUCUUUCCUCAGCAGUCUCCUCAAGCAAACGUUGCCGUCUUCGCUCCCUUCUUUUCGCCAGAAGCUCGGCUUUCUUGUCGUUUUCUUGUCGCUCUUCGUUUGGCUCCAUAUAUUUUCAAUUGGUAUUUAAUACCGUAAUUAGUUUAUUGAACCUUUUAUUGCUUUUAAUGCUGUCAAAAAAAUUUUGCAAACGUACAAAAUACUGUAGUGCAAAAAGCAAAAUAUUUUCAUAAAGUAUCUUUCAGUUGAAGUCGUCAUUUGUCAUACAACAACAAAUUUUAAAUUUGACCAAUCAGUGUUCGCUUUCAUCACAGUCCGCCAUAAUUUUGAGAUCAGUGAGGAUGACCACCCACCCAACACCGUUGGUGACCCACGCCCGCGAUAUUUGAUGAACUUUAGACUCCGCUAAUGCUUUCGUUUCCCCGGGUGUAAAUAGCCGGGGGGAAUUAGUACCCUCGCACGGCGCUUCGCGCCGUCGGCUCGGGGAUUAAUAUACUUCCAAUAAAGUUCAAACGAUUUUUACAUUAACUUGACACCUCUUAUUCGAAUUAAACUUUAACUAAGUCAAAAUAUGUGACUUUAAAAUCCUAAACUGUUUUAAAACUGUAGUUACAGGGUUCGAAGUAUAAAGUGUAUACUCGAAAUACAAAAAUAGCGACAUUUGUGUUUUCAAAGACAGUGCACACGCAUUCAAUAUUGAUUUUUGAGUUUGUUUUGCCAAAAGGAAGUUUGGGAAAGCGAUAGUGGAACUCAUUAGUCUAUUCUUGUUCAAAAUAUGUGACUUUAAAAUCCCAAACUCUUUUAAAACUGUAGUUACAGGGUUCGGAUUUAGAACAACAAAAAUUGACAUCUUUUCGUAGUCGCGCAAGGUGAGCUGUUAAAAAAUAUAUUUAUUACAAAAUUUGUAUAUCGCAGGGAUUUGUGAACGUCUUAGUGGAAUCAACAUUACAUAUGAGAGUAUAACUAUAUGCCUUAGCAGACAAGUGACAGCUUUGUCGCCAAGUUCCAGGGUUCGAAAUAUAACCACACAGGGAGAGAUGUAAUAUACGUGCGUAAUUGUUUUGUCAACGUUGUGAAAAACCGAAGUUAUAAUGAUUGUUUUUAUAGGGAAAAUUACAAAUAUACACGUACUCACCUUGGCAUAUAUUCUCUGCUUUUGGUACCGCCAAAAAAUAUCUUUUACCUUUGCGUUUGUUAAAAAAAAGGGAAAAAAUAUAUGCAAAAUCUACAUUUUUUAAACUUUUUUACAGGCCAGUGGCCACGGUAACUGAUGAAUUGAUACGUGCUAGCCCGUAUCACGGAUGCUGCGUUCGCACCAUAGCGUUUUGCCUAGCGUUUCCAGUCCAUUAACAGACUAUAAACAGCCCGCUUUUUAUCUAAAAAAAACCUGUGUUUAUUUAAUAAAUGAAGCGGAAAAAACAAGUUUAACGCAUUCUUACCGGUGAGAAGAAAUAUUUUCUGUUGAAAAAGUAUUGUUGCAUCCGUAAAAAGAGCAUAGACGAGGCAUUUUUCUCGAGAAAAAUGAUUUCGGCUUUGAAUACAAAAUAUUUUUGUAAAAACCAGGGGGGUGAAGUACAUUGUCAAAAGCUUAGGAUCGCGGUUGGGACAGUGAUAGUUGCCAUGAAUCUAGGGACCAGUAGUCAUGGCAAUGGCGUCAGAUCCGCCAUGUUUUUGCGGACACUUUUUUAUCCCGAGCAGGUCCUCCAGUAAUAUAGUAUAGCUCAGUGGAUGUGAUCCAUAGAAACGAAUGACUUGAAUAACGAAAAAGGCGAAUAUGAUUUAUUCAUUAGACCAGAAGAAGGCCAACAGGCAAAUUACUCUGAGUGUAUAUCCACAACGAGCAAGCUUGAAAAUAUGCCUGAUCACGGUGGGUUUAAGUAUUUUAAAGAAUAUGACACACAACCUCGUUCUCAGGCAGUCACAGGCGGGGGAAGAUUUAUUUGGUUGGGGUAGAGCUAGAGCAAACCCUAUAGAUAGAUUCGGGGCCAUAGUCUUCCGAAAUCUUGAGGGGAGGGGGUAUUUGAACAAAAUAUCUAAAGUUGUUCAAGUUACAUUGCUGGCAGCGAAGAAUCUUAUCUCUUUAUAUUAAUUUUUCCACUUUUGGGGGCGUAACCCUCUCACUUCCCUCUCCCCUCCGGUUCCUCCGCCUAUCCCCUGCCUCUUUCCUCUUGUGGGUCCCUGUAGUACAGUAUUCAUCUUGCUUCUUUCUCUAUUCUUCUUUCUUCUUCUUGCUGAUGUACUGUACUGUGCUGUGCUGUGCUGUGCUGUGCUGUGCUGUGCUGUGCUGUGCUGUGCUGUGCUGUGCUGUGCUGUGCUGUGCUGUGCUGUGCUGUGCGGUGCUGUGCUGUGCUGUGCUGUGCUGUGCUGUGCUGUGCUGUGCUGUGCUGUGCUGUGCUGUGCUGUGCUGUGCUGUGCUGUGCUGUGCUGUGCUGUACUGUACUGUGAUGUGAUGUGAUCCUUAGAAACGAAUGACUUGAAUAACGAAAAAGGCGAAUAUGAUUUAUUCAUUAGACUUGAAGAAGUUUCUGCUGAACGUCAGAAAUGCGAAGCAACCCUACGUCAGAAGUCACGCGAAAUAAUCGCACUGGCCAACAGGUAAUUUACUCUGAGUGUAUAUCCACACCGAGCAAGCUUGAAAAAUAUGCCUGACCACGGUGGGUUCAAGUAUUUUAAAGAAUAUGACAUACAACCUCGUUCUCAGGCAGUCACAGGCGGGGGAAGAUUUAUUUGGUUGGGGUAGAGCUAGAGCAAACCCUAUAGAUAGAUUCGGGGCCAUAGUCUUCCGAAAUCUUGAGGGGAGGGGGUAUUUGAAGAAAAUAUCUAAAGUUGUUCAAGUUACAUUGCUGGCAGCGAAGAAUCUUAUCUCUUUAUAUUAAUUUUUCCACUUUUGGGGGCGUAACCCUCUCACUUCCCUCUCCCCUCCGGUUCCUCCGCCUAUCCCCUGCCUCUUUCCUCUUGUGGGUCCCUGUAGUACAGUAUUCAUCUUGCUUCUUUCUCUAUUCUUCUUUCUUCUUCUUGCUGCUGUACUGUACUGUACUGUGCUGUGCUGUGCUGUGCUGUGCUGUGCUGUGCUGUGCUGUGCUGUGCUGUGCUGUGCUGUGCUGUGCUGUGCUGUGCUGUGCUGUGCUGUGCUGUGCUGUGCUGUGCUGUGCUGUGCUGUGCUGUGCUGUGCUGUGCUGUGCUGUGCUGUGCGGUGCUGUGCUGUGCUGUGCUGUGCUGUGCUGUGCUGUGCUGUGCUGUGCUGUGCUGUGCUGUGCUGUGCUGUGCUGUGCUGUGCUGUGCUGUGCUGUGCUUUGCUGUGCUGUAUUCCACCCUUACCAUUCUCCUUUACGUAUGAGUACAUCUUUGACCUUAGUCCAACGAACUCAAUUAUGGGUACUCCUCCAGCCUCAUCCUUGAACUUACCAAUAACCUUCUUAUUAUAGGCUGAAUAGUAAGGGCUAUCUUUUGGGUAAUCUGAAUUAUCCCAGCAGUCUUUCUCCUCACCAAUUCUUCUGAAGUCCUCAUAAACAUCCUUAGUCUUCAGUUCGUACAUUAGACUGUCAGUAUUCGUGAACAGUAGCUGGGACUUAUUACCGUUCUCCUUCUUAAUUGUGUUGUAGUGGAAAUCAUACAUUAAAGUCUUGGAUAAAUCUAAGAUGCUCAUCCCUACAUAGCACGGCUUAUUCAGAGUAAGAACUUCCUUAAUUUUCUUUACAACAAUAAGAUGCUCAUUCAUUAUUCUAUGUGACUGGAAGCUUGGUGAUGCAGUCAGUUUUAGUAGUUGGUCUUUGGAAGACACUAGCUUUACAUCUACUCUCUUCCUAAGAUUCUCCAUAGUCUUACCAUAUAUGGAGUUGUUCAUUAGUUUGAAGAAGUUUUUCUCAAAGGUAUUACGGGCUUCUGACCUUUUAUUCGUAUUGAAGUCUAUGUAGUCCUUAAGCCAGGGUGACUGCUUAAAUGUAACAGCUUUAUGAACCUUAGUGAGUUUCAUUCCGAGGUCAGUGUAGAGUUUUAGAUUACGUACAUGUAGAACGUACUUCUUCUUGGGACCCAGUGAAGUUAUCAACUUCCUUACGCCUCCAAUAGUCAGUUGAAAUUUUUCAGCAAUUUUCUUCGCAUAGUCUGACAACAUAGACUCAUUUAUUUCCUUACUUUCUGGUGCAAGAGAAUAACCGUUAUGUGACUCGUGUAAUUCUUCCGGGUAUUCCAGAUCAACCUCCAAGAUCAUUCCUCUUCCUUCAUCUUCCAGGUAAUCUUCUAUUCUUAUAUUAUCGAGGUCCUCAACCCACUCGAACUCUCCAUUAGGUAGAGGUUGUGACAUAGCCCAACCGUAUAGAUUGUUAGCAUCUAGAUACAUUAAGAACUUGUCCUCUUCAGUUUCAUCAUAAGUUUCCAUGUAUUUAUUAUUAGCUUCUGAGUGUCUAUGGGCAAUAUAACUUGUACCACCUCUCAUACCCUUCUCGAAGAACUGAAACAUGUCCAUAUCACUUACCAAUUCUAUUUCCUCACCUGACUUCUUCAGGAAAGCGUCCCAACUAAGACUAGGUGCUGACACGUAAUGUGCUGGGUGUAACUCGUAAUUCUUAAGACAUGUUCUUCUGAAGUUUUCAAACACAUCCGCAAGUAGUAGAACGUCAGUUUCCAAGUAGAGAUCGUGGUAAUCCUUCAGAGUCUUCAUUUUGAAAUGAUCCCAUACUUUCUGAGCUCUUUCGUAAUCCUUAUCACUUACCUCUGACUCACACAUACUGGAGUAGAACUUAUCCUUACUCGGAAGGCCUUCUGUAUUAAGUUUGCUAAUAUUAUCUAGGAACUCAUAAGAAAACACACCCUUUUGUGUCACUAAGUUGAAGUCCUCACCUUUCCAUCUUUCGCCUACUAUCUUAAAGUCCUCAGGUGAUAAGUUGUCAACAAGUGAUUCCAGUGAAGAAGCCAUAAACUGUAUACUAUCUAUGAAGACCAGAUUUUUACCCAGUGAGAAUGAUAUAUAUUUUUCCAUAUUAUUAGGGAUCACAUUAACAUUCAUUCUGAACUUACCUAUUUCCUGCAUUAUAAGAUGGCUAUCAUAACCUCUAAGAUUGUGGAACACUACUGGGAUCUUCCAUGUAAUUCUGUACUUAAGAUUACAUAUUUUGUGAGCAGCUCCACGGUACAGUCCUGUUACAUGAUCAUGGUCUCUCACUCUGUCGUCACCCAGAUCGUUACCACAUAUGGAGCAUUUUCUAGUUGUCCAGAACUCAAGUUCCUAUUCAGGUGUUAUUACCAUUUUCUUCUUGAAUAUUUUACUAACAAGCUCCCUACACUUGGUAGACUCCUUUAUAACAGUUUUUAGGAAGACUAAUGCAGCAUAAACACCAACGUAACUCUUAUACUCACCGGAGUACUGGUUAUCAUAAUGGCAGACUGUUUUCAGCCCAAAACUGCAGGCCUUGUGUUUCUGGUAGCAGGAUGUACUACUACUAUCAUCACUAGCAUCUGACUUUUCUUUCUUCUCUUCUGGCACUAGUCUAGACUCAAAAUCAGCGUAUAUAACAAAGGGCACCGGCAUCGAGUUUCUUUGGUGUUUGAACUUUAUUGUUGUCCCUUCCUCGGGAACUUUUGUAGCUUGAGUUCCGUUUAACUGUAAACAUGUCUCCUUAUGCUUUUUCAAUGAUUCUUCACUUACACAGCUAUAAAGACAGUGUAAACAGAAGUGUUGCCUAUGUGCAUGCUUACUUACACUGAAUAACAUUCUAUUCACAUCUUUUAUGAGCACAUAAUGAUUAUUACCAUUGUUAUCACCUAGUAGGAAUAGUUCCAUGUGAUCCUCAUAGCCAGCCUUAGUUAUUCUUAUUGGCUAGAAUUCCUUAUUACCCCUAUACCCGAACAUUGAUAUUCCGAUACUAUUCCUUCUUUAUAUUUUUGCAACAUCACUUAUUUUCACAGGGAACUCGAUUCCUUCAUAGUCCAGGUUCUCGCUGAAUUCUAUGUCUGCCUUGGUAAUAUAGGUUGCUCUUCUAGCCUUAGGAUUUAGAUAUCUCACAUGACUCCACAUGAAACAUUUAUUAUCACUGUUCCUCAUAUUAAUAAGACCACACUUUGGAUUAUUGAUGUUAUUAGAUAGUUUCAUAUAUGAACUACCCUUAAGAGGCUUGUACAUAGCAAUGUUCACAUAGUGGCUCUCAAUAUUAAGUAUAAUCCAGUUUGAACCUAGGCUUUGGAAGGUUUCAAUUCUAGAUAAGAUUGUCAGUUGAUUUUGUGCAGCUGUACUUUCAAUAUCCUCGAAGUUAGUUAUAGUACCAGUCUUAGAUUUGAAGUAGACUGAGUCCUUCUUAGUUUUCCCGUCGCCGACUUCCUUAGACAUUCUCACCUUCAGUGUCUCUGUAUACUUUAACCCUCCCAUUACCCUUAGCUCAUUCACAAGUGUUCCCCUUACAACCUGCCUGCUUGCUGUUAGCUGACUUAGUGGAUCCAUAUGAUUCGGAGUUAUUGAGUAAGUCACAGCCGCACCAUUGGCGGCGGUCUCAAUUUUCCUAUGGAAUGGCUUAUCAAGGUCUGUUCUAAAUGGAUCAAUUUCAUGACCUUCUGGGAUUACUGUUAAGGGUCUCACCUCAGUCUUCUUCUUAGGUUUCACAAUCUUACGAAUCUUAGGAGGAGACACUGGUUUCUUAGUCCUAGGUGCUGGUAUAGGUCUUUCCUUAGGAAGGGUUGUUCUAGGUGCUGAUAUAGGUCUAACCUUAGGGACACUGGUUCUAGGUGCCGGUAUUAGUCUCACCUUAGGAAGCACUGUUCUUGGCUUAGGUGUUGGUCUCCAUGGAGCUCCACCCUUAAGUACAUCAGGAGCUUUCCUCAUGGGUCUCUUAUUAAGAUCCACAGUGAUUGUAAACUUACCUGGACCCAUUGGAGUUACGACACUAUCCGCAGGUACUGAGAGUUUUACCUUACUCUGACUUAUGAAGCUUUCAGUCACAGUUUGCUUCUUUUGUGGUUUACCUCUCUUCUUAGGCACCUUCACUUCAGCAUCGGUUUUUGCCUUUGGUGGUCUACCUCUAGGACGCUUUACCUUAGGAUUUCUCUCAUUCUCUAUUCUUUUAAUUUCUUCAUUAACGAGGACAUUGUCAGUACGCCAGGCUCCUCCCAUAGUUGGUGGUAGACCUUCUACUCCCUUAGACAGUAAACUCUGGUAUGCUUCCUCCACAAGAGCAGCUUUUGUCUUCUGCCUCUCAGAGUACUUCCACACAGGAGUCAUUCCGCGCUUACCCUUGUAGUUCUUAGGUACACGUCUAAGUUUAGGUCUUAGCACAUCAGUGUCAACUUCAUCUGCGAAUUGUUGUUCUCCAUAGAAGUAAUCCUUACCCUUAUCCUUAGGAGUGACCUUGUAGUUUUUAUCCUCCAAGAUCUCCUUCACUUGCAUAUCCACAUCUUUACCGCUAUCAAUGAUACUGUUUAAUUAAUGCCAUAAGUUGUUCUACGCUCAUUUCGCUUAUAUUGAAUCCCGCCAUAUUUAUAACUGUUUCUCUAUACUAUAUAUGUGUAAAAAAAAAUAAGGUAUUUAAUUAAUAAUUAAUUUCGAAUUUAUUUUUUAUUUAAUUUAUUGUUUAAUUCUAUUGAUUUACUAUAUUAGUAUUUCCUUAAGUGUUUUAAUUUUUUAUUUAAUUUAUUGUUUAAUUCUAUUGAUUUGUUAUAUUAAUAUUUCCUUAAGUGUUUUUUAUUUUUUAUUUAAUUUAUUGUUUAAUUCUAUUGAUUUAUUAUAUUAGUAUUUCUUUAAGUGUUUUUAUUUUUUAUUUAAUUUAAUGUUUAAUUCUAUUGAUUUAUUAUAUUAAUAUUUCUUUAAGUGUUUUUAAUUUUCCACUUAUUAUAAUAUUUACACUUCUCAGGUUUCCAUCCAAGCUCAACAAAUACUUUACCAUAUAAUCUAUCCUCAAGAGUGUCAACUAUCCUUUGAGUACUAAUGUCCUCAGGUGGAUUCCGUAAUAUAAUGUUAUUCAUACUAGCUAGUCUUAGCAGGUAGAACUUGUAUCUAGCUAAGUUGCGCCCCCUCUGCAGUCUAAGUUUUUGUAUGCAUCUUACAAUGCUUCUAAACUGCUCCCUUAUGGUAUCCCUAUCCCUUGGAGCAACAUGUUCCAUUAGAUGUCUCUCAAACCAACGGACCCUUUUAUGACAAGACUUCUUUUUCAGAUAGUCGUCCUUAUUAUAGCUGUAACUAACAUAAUACGAGAAGUUAUUCAAAUUACUUGCACCACAUACUGUACAUGUGUCUGCCCCAUCUACUACAACAAAUGACUUACUUCCACAUUCACUACAUAUUGGAUCAUAUGUGUGUCUCCUAUUUAUUCUGCUUACUGCGUAAUUCCUUACGGUAUCCUCUAGCUCUCUCACUGCGUAUGUCCUUUUACCUACACGUACUGUACUAUCUGCUCAGGUGUUGCCAUCACUAACCAGUCCAUCUCUAUAUAGUUAUAGUUGUAAAAAUGUUUACGGUAUUUUUCUGCAGCAUUAAGUAUGCUAACCCACCUACCGCCCCACCUGUAAGUAAACCAAAGAGAGCCAUAUAUUCUUCCAUCUCAGGGCUAGGCUUAUAGUGAUUACUAAGCUUUGGCUCUACAGGCAUAGCCUUACGUGUUAACUCAUUGAUUCUCCUAACUCUAAUGCUUGGUUCGUUGACUUUAUAUCACGAUUUGCUUCAGCUAGUUAUUCCCUUAGUUGAGCUAUUCUGUUUCUUCUAUCAGUGACUUCUUCAAGGUACUUCUCUCUUUCAGCUGUUAGGUCCUCCAUUGCAAGGUUAUGUCUUUUAGCUUCCUCAGCGUAUCCGUUCUUAUCAAUCAUUUUAAAUAAGAAUCCUGCUCCCACAAAUGCAAAUGCGUUAAAGAGUCCUCCUGCUACUGCGCUUGCCAUUGUAUAGUUUUACCUAGGUUUUGAAUGGAUCAUCUGGUAGAUACUUCUUUUCUUUCAAGUAAGAGACCAGUAGAGAUAAAAGACUAACUGAAACAGCUAACUUUGCCAUUCCUUUCACAUUCUCUGGUGUUCCUAAAAGUUCCUUCAGUAGUUUCUUUGAUGCCAUUGAUAUACCAACUGCUCCUGCUGUAUGUAACACUGCGUUGUACACUUCCCUAGUCGUUCUUUACUCAUUUCUGCUAUAAUAUAUGUUAUGUUUAAUGUAUCAUUCAAGUGAAUCUAACCUAGACGCAUCUACUUUCUCAGUUACUUCUACAGUCUUAGGUACAUACCUAACUUCUGAUUCCCUAGUUUCCCUCUGAUGUGCCUUAUAUGCUAGCACAAGAGAUACCAAUGCAAUUCCCACUCCUAUAUAGGUAAUCAUAUUAUCAUUGCUAGAUGAGGCCUUAGGUUCAGCCGUCUCCUUCUUUUUCCUCUCUCUUGCAGUUUUACUUAGAACUGCUAGUCUCUUUCCAGCUUCUACUCUCUUAGGUCCUUCUUCUUUUCACUUGUGAUAGUAACCUCUUCUGUUUUACGUUCGUCAGCCAUUCUAUAUAGAUGCCUAUGUUUAACUACAUAGAUACCUACAUAGAUACCUACAUAGAUGUCUACAUAGAUGUCUACAUUGAUACAUACAUAGAUGGGAUUGCUUAAAAAAUGCCCAACUAUAAUAGCUGAGCAUUUUCUAAGUUUAAUUUUUACCACUAACAUAAACACUACUAGUACUUACCUGAUUUGAACUUUGGUUUGUGCAGCUUUGCGUCGCUAACAACUGUUUUAACCCUUACUAUUUUCACUUUCUCUUUUAGUGAGAAGUACUCAUAUAUUCUGAUACAUAUUUUUACCAGGUCAUCCCAAAUCAUAGUCAUGUACCCUAAUUGUCUAAGUCUUUUAAGCCAUUCUAUUUGCUUCCAGUCUGCACAUCCUGUACCCUUAGGUGAUUUGAACUCUAUUGCAAACCCUUUAUACUCACCCUUAGGAUUAGCUAUAAUUACGACAGGUUGUCCUCCCUUAUAACCUUUCUUCCAGGCGUCACAUCUUUUAAAGGAAGUAUCUUGGUACUCACCAAGUCCAGGUAUGAUUACGGCCUCAGGGUGGUUGUUCCUAAUGCACUUUACAACUGUAUAAUGAAGGUCCGUUUCACAUAGCAAAAUCAUUUGGUUAUGUUUAAGUGACCUUUUAUCUGGUAGUGUGUAUGAGCUAUCUUUGCGGAUAGAUGGAAGUACUUCACUGAAUACCUAGUCCUGAAAGGCUUCAGCUAUUGGAAGUCUUGAACUACAAACUAAUUGAUAUACACCGGGUUCAUACAAUAAAAUCGUGCGUGGAUGGUUUCCCUCAAAGGGCCGCGUUUCACGACCCUUGCAUAUUUCCUCCACUGUGAUCUUAUUUUUAUUCCACACGUGUCUUUUAACAGCAUCCCUUGUAUUUGAGUAUCCUAGUGAUUCUGCCACAUCCUUUGCAUAGAACAGUAUACCCUCACCCCACCUCACUGCUCUUAUUUUAACGUUUAGUUUCCUGUUAUCAAAAAUUUUCUCCAUCUUCUCUAUACUAUAUGUGUAAAUUUUUUUUACUGCAUAUCAUUAAGAUUUUUGCAUAUAUUCACAACUGUUUUUAUAGUAUCAUUCUUGAAACUUUCAAAGUCAUACUUUAGUGAAUCCAAAGUUGCCUGAAUUUUAUCCAGCUGUUCACUAUUCCUAUCAGUUUUCUCAAUCAGUUCAUCAAUUAUGUCUUCGAACUCUGUUCCUUCCCAGGGUGUUCCCCAGUCGUAGGGCUCUCCGAGUUGUGACAUUCUGUAUGUAAUAAGAUACGUUUAGCAUUAUCUGAGACCUCUGGUUCUUCCUCCUUUUUGUUCCACAUAUGAGCUACUACAUGCUUAGCAGUUGUGCAGCCUCCUGAUAUGAGACCUAUGAAUGGAAUACUUGGGGAUAUACUUCUAGUUAGCUGGGAAACAUCCUCCUUGAGAAGCUUAUCACUUAGGAGUUCCUCAGACAGUGCCUCUGAUGAUUCAACUACAUUCAUACCACCUAGUACAGACGCAAACUUUGAUAUUACUAGUGUUGCCAAAAAGUCACCAGCAUAUUUCAUCCUUUGGUUUUCGUGCUCUUCGUAUAAUCUAUCUAUUACAUCUUUAUUAGACUUUCUUGCGAAGUUUGCGAAUUUAUCAAUAAUGCCAUCUUUAGAUAGCUCAAUGAGUUUCUCCCUUUUCUUCUCAGUUUGCGACUUCUCUGCGGAUUUUCUUGCGGUAGGUUUAGACUUUCUUUGCGGUAACUUUGCGGCCUCUUCCACUUCACUCAGUAUGCUGUCAAUUUCUAUGUCAGACUCAGUUCCCAUUUUUCCAAUACCCAUCUAUAUAUUAUGCAGUGUUUAAUCUAACUGUGUAAGUGUAAGGGUGCUUUAUAGCCUCCUCCGCAGGCAUCUCACCCGACGAAUCGGGUGGUGGGAAAAAGUUUGGUGAGAUGCCUGCCAUAAAUCGACACAAACAUUUGCACUGCGCAUACCGGCUCGCGCAUGCAAAUUUCGACAAACUCAAACUUAGGGGGAGUAGGAAGGGCUUACGGCAAGGAGUGAAGAAAAUUUUGUUUUCAACACGAUGGCUUACAAGACGAGUAAAACUGUAAAAUUAACGAAUAAUCCUGCUCUUCAACAUUGCAAAUACAAAGGGAACUUUGACUAAGGAGCUGAGAACGUUAUCGAAAGCCGACACAGCGAUUUACUUGGAUUGUUUAGAGAUAACGAGUGACUUUGCAGAGCAGUGAAUUCACAAUGUCGUCGAUUCAUGUCAAGACAAGGUUUCAAUUGAAAGUUUAUCGUUGAUAUAUGCAAAUUUCUAUUCAAAUUGUUGACGACAUUUUAUAUCAUAAUAAGCUGAAAGUACAGUGAUUUAGUCGAAAUUGUAACACGAAAAGGAAGGAUCGAAAAUUGUCAAUAUAUAAAUGAUCAUAAAUGUAAAUUCAACUGUUGACAUCUGUGACUGUGCCUGCGUAUUAAAUAUAUAAACACUUCUUGCCUUGUUUUAAUACGCUUGUAUGGAAGGAAAUCAUUAAUAAAAGUCUUAGACAAAUAGCUUUCUUAUUGUGGAAUACACUGUGCAAUUUAUCCCUUGGACAAAGACAAAGUUUUCAAACUUGAGUGUCUCAGAUGUGGCGAAAAUUAGCAAAAGCUUCCUUAAAUCAGUGGCCGUGUUUUAUAUAUGGGUGUGAGUAUAAAUGUAGACAUAAGGGAAAGGACAACUGGAAUUUAAUAAGAAUAUAAUAGUUUUCCAUGUGGUGCAACAGGGUAUAAAGACCUGUCUUAAUAACAUUUGCCUUGGAUUUGUUAAUUAACCAAUGGAGGCAUUACAUACAUUCCAUUUUGCUUGCCAAAGUUCACAGACAAAAUAUUUACAUGGGUAAAAUCCAUUUUGCAAGGCAAAUUUCCCUAUAACCAUACAAACAGUCACUGACGAAACUUCCCAGUGUUAGGCAUGUUGUCAGGGAUGGAUCCAGCAUGAUCUGGUAGGGGGGUGCUCUGCCAGCUCUGGUGUCGAGUGACUCAAGUUGACACACGUCGUCACGUCAUGUGUGCAGCCCGCCAUUAAUAUACAGCAACAGCAGUAUUUUGACAAUUUGGCAAAACAACCUCAAUGUGGUACAAGUGUACUGUGUACAAUAUCUCAUUUUGUCUGUAAUAUUUUUUGCUUUAUCAUGAAAAAUAGCACACACAUACCCCCUGGCCAGGGCUAGGGAGGGGGUGUGCACCCUCCCCCCCCAGUAAAUCCAUCCCUGCAUGUUUUGCUACUAAUUGUUACAUUAACCACCCAAAAGUCUUUUAAUGGUGGGUACAUAUUAAUUGUAAGCUGUGAAGCUUUAGAUUAGCCCAUUGUUUGCACUCUCCCCUGGAAUAGUAAAAUUGUCUGAUGUUAGACAGAGUAAAAGCAGGGGCGUGCCGGCAAGCGAUGAGACAACAAGAACUUGUUGUGGGCGCCUGGCAUUGUAGGCUCUUACAGGGUUCAUGCCAAUCUAGAUUUAUUAUAUUUAAAACAAAUAUAUGUCAAGAGCAAUUUUAUUUAAACAUGAACAAGGGAGAUACAUAUAAUUAGAGAAUAUGCAGAUACAUCAUAAAUUUCUUUAUUUAUCAAAUCAUGGAUGUCAUGUGGCCAGUACGUGUAACACAACUAGGCAUAUACUAUAUUAGAAACAGGUUGUUACAUGUGUUACAAUGCAACUUAAUGGGUUUAGCAUAUUCACAUGAUAUUAAUUAAGGGGGUGAGUUCCAAUUAACUAUUCAACCAAGUGAAGCCUGGUUCAUAUAUACCUGCUGUUUGUUGAUGGGCUAUUGUCGUUAAAAGUUCAACUAAAUAAUUCACAAAAGAAUGUAUGCAUCAACAGCUGUAAACAAUGAUAAUGCAGGCAUAUGUAAACCAGGCUUAAGAUGCCAACAAAAUCUUGAUUUUUGUAGUAAUCAAAUUUCUGUAGUUGAUAUUUCCAAGUUGUUAUCUCUCCUCACUUAUUGAAAUGGUUGCUUCAACAGAAAUAUAUUUUCCUUUUAUAUAUCAAUUCACUUAACAUGUUGCCAAAUGUCUGAUGAUUUGACUAAAAUUAGUAAAAUAUAAUCAAAAUGUCAACCCCUUCAUAUAAAAUAUAAAAAUGCCAAAAUAAUAUUCCAGAAAACAAUACAAUUUAAUAUAAUUCCUUUAUUAAACAAAUUAUACCUUUCGUAUCGUUCCAUUCUUCGUUUUGCGUUCGAAAUUAUGCCAGAUAAUUUCCUCAAAUUGUAGUUCCUCGGCUGAACAAUUGAUACCAAGAUAUCUAUGAUUGAUACAUUGUAAACAUUUGGCUGCUUCGAGCGAGCGAUUAAAUUAAAUUUGCACGUCGUUUUUAGACCGCGAGAGACAUUGCGAUAUAUAAUCCUUUCAAUUGACCAACUAAUUUUCGUAUAACUUGAAUAUUUCGAUGCAUUUUAAAACAUUUUUAAAGUUAAUACUCGCAAGCUUCGGUCCUCGCCUGAAGAUUUCAAACUGAAUAUAUAAUUAGGGUCAAAAGCCUACUUAGGGGGUGGGGUACAUUGACACGGCCACAAGGUACAUUGACACGUCCAUUUUGUUCGAUUUAUGGCAGGCCUCUCUCCCAGAAAUUUUUUUUUUCAAAACCCAUUCGCAGGCUAGAACCCAUAGAGAGGCCUGCGGAGGAGGCUAGGUGCUUUAGUAGUAUAUCUAGUGCGGUGAACUUCUCAUCUCUCAAUAUUUUCGUUAUUUCUGUAAUUGUCUCUUGAGGAACACCAUGAAGAUAGUCAUCUGUUAUCACCUUCAUAUCUUUGCGGCUAGGGUUUUAGAAUGUAACUAGUCGGGAAAUGUUUUCCCUAAAGGGCUUUGCUACUGAUGAUAAUUGUUGGGUAAGUACUACUACAGAUAAGUUGUAAUGUCUAGCGGAGAAUGCUAGAUUCACCAAUUCUGAUACUCUUUUCUUUACUGCUUGACUUGCUGCACAGUCGUCCACUAUAAUCAGAGUUUGUGUACCGCGAAAUAGUCGUGAUGUUGCUCUUAACACUAUAUCUAUCAUUUCUUGUGAACAUGGAAUUAGAACUACACCUUUGUCACUAAUAUGACACCAAUUUAUGUAAGUUGUAUUCCACUCUAUUGUUGGACAUACAAUGAUAAUGUAAUCGAAAACUUUAUUAUACUCUCUUUCUAUCAUAUCAAGUAAAAACUUUGUUUUACCACUUCCAGUCAUUCCGACUAUAAGCAUAUUAAACGGUGGCUCCAUAUGCUUUACCGUUAGUAUUGAAUACUUGAUAAGUCUCUAUUGGCAAAGUUAAGGAAAGCAUCUGAUACAACAAAAAUGUUGCACUGAACGUCAGCUGUUGUGGCUCUUUUUUUGAUUUCCAGGAGUACGCCAGACUGUGUAUUAACAAUCUUCUUGCCUCCACCAGUAGUGUCAUCUUGUGUUGACCUAAGAUCAAUCACUAGAGCGAAACCAUUACUGAAGAACUUACUGAUGGACAUAAACUCGUCAGCCAUUGAUUUCUUACACAUAGGACAAAAGUAUCGUUUUGCCUCUUCGAAGAACCUGUUUUUGGGAAGUCCUUGGGAGAAGACUACAUUAGGCACACCUUCAAUGGUCAGGUUCACUUUAUCAAUAUUUGGGUAAAUAUACUCUUCACUAUCAGUUCUCACUCUAUUGGUAAAUAAAAGGACAAUUGAUGACAUGCUCUUCCUGGGAAUAUUAAUGUUCUCAUUUACAAUGGUAAGAUCCUUGUCCCAGUUACUCGUACGCAUUAGUAUGACGUGUUUGUAAGACAGUGAGCAGCCCGUUGAAUACAUCCUUGAGACCUCACUUGCAAGGGUGUCAUUCUCAAUGGUCUCGUAUUCUAACUCAAGAUUAUCAAGCUUGUAAUUACCCUUAUCUUCACCUCCUUGUGCAGUCAUAAUUUCAUCUGAUGGUGGUAGUGUGAGGAUGUACAUAGGAUUGUUAUUCAUAGAGAACGGUACAUAGAGCCCAUGACCGGCAAUUAUCUUGUCAACUGGUUUUCUCAGCUUAGAGCCGUAUACACUAUGGAGAAGUGCAUCUGCUACUUUACCAACAUCACCUACUUUUACUCCAGAGUCAUCACCUGAUAUUAACUUCCUGAGAUUCUCACUUGCAAGGCCCUGUUCAGUCAUCUUUUUUCUAUCACCUAGUGUUAGCCAUAGGUCUUUGUAUAUCUCGUACAAACUCUUUCCUGAACAGUCAUAGGCUGUCUCACCGGCUACUUUAAUUUGGAGACGUUUUGCUAGCAACUUAGCUAGGUUGUUAUUAAAGCGGCUCUUUACGCUGGAAUUUUUGAAGUCAAAUAGAAGGGCUAGCGAUCCAGGGACUAAGCAAGAGGAUAGCUUGAGUUUUGGAAUAUUAAUGUACAGCUCUUCACCGGGACUGAUUGUUGUUGGAUUAAAUGUGACAACACUUCUGGUUCUAGGUCCUUUGAUGGCAGUCAUGCGGCUCCUUCUGAAGCCAGGUUGGAGUUCCUUUUCUGUGGUAUUCAUGUUUGUAUACAAUAUGUAAUGUUUAGUUGUAUUUGUAUAGUAAAACUACUGCUGCACAUACAAUGAUUAUCCAUAUAUUAUCCGCUGCUAACUCUACUCCAUCGGCUAUCUUCUGGAAUAUAGGUGGUAGUUCAAUUUGGUGCAGGGGCGUAGGAAGCACCUGGAGUUUGGGGGGGGGGGCACCGGCUUGUAGGGGCACGGGGGGGGGAGAAAUUUCUCCUGAGGAAAAUUUUCCGUCGUAUCAUACCGAAAUUUAUGUUUGUGACCUAAUUUUUAAAAAAAAAUUUGUAAAUUUCCACACAAAAACGGCACCUAUUGUUUUAAUUUAGUAUUUACAGCGACAUUUGCUUCUACAAAAGGGGCACUUUUCCUCACAAAAAAGGGCACUUUUUAUCACAAAAAAGGGCACUUUUAAUCCUUUAAAAAAAUUUGGGGGGGCACGUGCCCCCCGUGCCCCCCCGCUUCCUACGCCCCUGAUUUGGUGGUUUACCAACUCACUGAUCCGCUUAUCGAGCUUUCCUGUUGUGUCACCUACUUUCCACAAUAUGUUUCUAGUUGAUGCUACCAGUCCUAUGAUUACAGCUGCUGAGGAAAUUAGAACAGCUGAUAAGAUGCCUGCAUUCUCCCUUGCCCAUAUCUUGAAUAAUUCUAGUUUCCUAGUGUCGUCCCAUUUGAUGAGCUUUCUCUUUUCACCUUGUCUCUCAAGUUAAGCAGUCGGUUUAGAUUUGACUCUCUUUGGUAAUCACUUGAUAGCAUUCUGACGUAUCUCAGUUCUUCUGACUUUUCUUUGAAACUAUCAAAUUCGAUAGUAUUAUUUCAUUUAACAGUCUGUCUCCCCUAUCCAUUAGAUCAUCGUAUGACAGUUUAGAUAGGUCAGGGAAUUUCUCAGCCAAUUGCUCUCUCGUAAGGUCCUCGCUCUCGUAUGUUUCCAACAUUUUUCUCCUCCUCAGUUCCUGUACGUAAUUAAUUUCCUCGUUAAUAUCCUGGGUCUCCUCAGUAGUUUCACUUUCUCUGAGAUCCUUGUUAAGGUACGGUAAUUCGCUAUCUAAAGUUUCUGUAUCCAUUUCUUCAUAGUCCGGAUACUUUUCCUUCAACUCCUCCAUUUUUUGGUCAUUGUAUUCCUCUUGAUGUUCCUCCAUAGCUACUUUACUUUGUGCAAUAGUUGUACACCAUUAAGGCUGCAGCUAUAGCUAGUACCCAUAAGUGUGACGCUAACCAGGCAAUUCCUUUGGCUCCCCAUGAUAGCGCCGUUGCAACUGCGUUCAGGAUUGGAACUAGAAUUGGUCCUGCUUUCUUCGCUAAAUUUGCUAAUGCUUUUGCUACUUUACCAGUGACCUUUGCUGUAUUCACAAUGGCUCCCCUAGCAUGGAUUAAUAAGGCUGUAAUUAAACUAGCUGUUGACACUGCUAUCCCUGCAAGUCCCACCUUUUCCUUUCCUACCCAGUCUAUAAAUCUGCGUAAUCUGGAAAUGUCCUUCAGUUGUGCCUCCUUUGCUUCCUCUACUGUUCUCUGCUCUAGUGUCCUAUUCCUAGCUUCCUUCAAACUGUCAAUUCUUUCUAUAAGAGCAUUAUACUCAGUUGUACCUUCCGCAGGUGUGGCGCGUUCCACGGUUUCACCAAUAGCUUCAUUAAAGUAGUCAGCCUGGAUUUGCAGCGCUCCUUUUGGACCUGUUCUGCCUUCUAUGCUUGAUCCCUCAGGUGGGUUAAGAACACCUCUCAGUUCAUUGUUUUCCUUCAUUGUGAGCCCUGGAAGGUCUCCUAGUUUUGCACCUAUGUCUAUUAACUCAAUGUUCUCACGGUCAGCGAAUUCCUCAUCACUGGUAUCAAAUUGGGGCUCUUCUUUAGUAUCCUCGUAAAUUGAUUCAUCACUUCCAAUUAUAUUGUCGGGAUCCGUAGGUACCUCUUUUGUUUUCUUCAUGAGGUCCUUGUAUUCUCUCAAUGCAAUGCAGUUCUUGGAGUAUACAGGUUUGCUGUUCUUACCACGUUUCAUUAUUUGUGUCCCACUUUUGUUAAUACCUUGUUCACUUCUAAAUACCAACACCUCUGUGCCAUCAUUAAGUGUUCUGACAGAUGAUCGCUUUAUGAGUUCCCUGACAUAUUUAUUCUUAGGGUCUAGUAUUAGUCCCUCCUUAUUCUUGAUAACUCUUGUGACAGCCUGAACACGUUCUACUUGGUUUCCAAAUUCUCUUUUCUUACUUGCUGUGAGCUGGUCUUCUGAGAGCUUUUUAAGUUUACUCAGACGGAUCUCUAUAUCAUCCCAUUUAGUGUCAAAUGUAUCAUCAAAUGCAUCUAGCACAUCUGGAAGUAAAUUGUUUGGGUCUUCCACAACUGUGACCUCUGGAGCAGUCGUACUACCUGAUGGUCCUAAAAUGUUCACUGUACCAUCAUUUCCUUCAGUGAAAGUUGUUUCUUCAAUUACACGUUUCUCCAUGAGAUUCCUUACAUAGUUUAGUUCACUUUUAAGAUCAGUUAUUACUAAACGAUCAUCGCCAUACAUUGCUUCUCCCUUCACCUUUCUUUCUAGGUUACUAAGGGAUGUAUUCAGAUCAUCGUAAUUGUAAUCGUCAUAUUGAGGAUAAGUUUUUUCCAUCUCCUCCAACUCAUAUUCGUCAUAGUCCUCUGCACCCUCCAUAAUACUGUAACUUAUGUUAGGGACUUUAUGUCUCCAGCUGGUAUCCAACUGUUAAAUUUGUCAUCGUAACCUAACCACUUAACUAGGGCCAUCUUUUUACCCUUCACUGUUCUUUUUCUUAGUACUUUUUCUAUUCUGAAAUCAGGUUCUCUUCCUUCAGCGCUAUACAGUUCUUGUUCAUAAGAUCUACCAAUUAUUGGUUCACCAGCACUGUCUUCUAUUGUGUACGUAUUUGGAUGACCGUGAUACACUUCCGUCACAGUGAACAACUCCUCUGUGAAAUUUGCUUCGUACCCUUUUGUGAACACUGAUUUGUACUUUGAGAUCCGAACACUUUCUCCCACAGUAAACUUUGGUUCUGACGGCUUGCCUAGAUCGUGACUAAAAAGUGUCUGCCAUACUUCAGUCCAGUUGGAGUCAUUUACGCUAUCCGGUGUUGUUUUAAUUGAUCUGUUCACUGAACUGUUGUAAUUAUCAGUUAAGUCUUGAAGGACGUCCAACCAUUUAUAUGUACUGGCACUGUGAAUCUUUCCACAACUGUGGCCUUUUUGUCUUGGUAAGUAGAGAAAAAUUCAAUGUUAUGUUUAUUGAGCAAUGACUUUACAUCUUUGUUGUAGAACUCUGCGCCUUGAUCAAACUGGGCGAAUUUUGGGUAUUUCCCAAAGUGAUUAUUAAAUUGCUCUAAACAGUUACUGACAGCGUCCUUCAUUGCCUUAGCGUUUUUCCUAUACACUGGUACUGUGAACGCAUACCUACUUAGUAUUUCAAUACAUGUAAGAAUCCAGCGGUAUCCCUUGUUCUUGUCGUCAUACUUUGUCUUGUCGACUAAAUCCAUUUGUAACUGUUCACCGAAAGUUUGGACGUACGUCUGUCUGAACUUGUGUCUCCUGAACACUUGUCUAUACCUAGUGUAUGUGUCCUGCUCGUUUAUCCAUUUCUUAACCUGGUUUGUGGUUACUUCAAGUCCUUCCCAUAUUGCUCUAAGAUAUAAGUUUCUAAGUUUCUCUGGUGUUUGGAAUCCAGUUUUAGGAUUGUAGUAAAUAUCUCGUAGUCCCUGUUCUUUCAUAAUAUCGUCGUCCAUCUUAUAUUAACCAAUGUAAGCUCACUACUCAAGGUACAUCUAGAUAAGCACUUCACCUAUAUCAAUAGGUUUCCCGUCUUGAUCUCUCACAUGGAAAACCAGUUCUGAACAUGAACCCUUAACUAUUGCAAAUCUGCUUUCAAUGUCAAUGUAACUAACCACAGAGCCUA